AUGAUACAUGAAGUCGAACAAGAAGAAAUUGAUCGAGCCAAGAGAGAGAAACGAACACCAUCUCCACUUGGAAUGAUUUUUGACAUUAAUCAUGGAAUUCACGAUCGGCGACUCUACAAUGUUCCAACAGCGAAUGAAGUCGCUGCAGUUUUCGUAGGUGAAGAUAGUGAAAUUCCAACAUAUCGACAUAUUGCUAUUCAUCCACGUGGUCACAAUCUUCAAACUAUUUCAAUCUUACAUCCUCAUUGUGAUCCAAUGACUUAUUUCCUUUUAUUUCCUCACGGAGAUAAAGGAUGGUACCUAGAAUUGGAAAAAAUUGAUCAAUCACGAAAUCGAAGAAGAGUAUCAAUGCUUCAAUUCUACAGCUAUCGAUUGGCUAUUCAUCCAACCUUCAGUGCCAUCCACUAUAGAGAAAAACUAUUCCAGUAA